UGAGGGACGAGUUUGUCGUCUCAUUGAGAUUAAACAUGAUGAGGUUGUUGAGUUUGGAGAUGUCGCCGAUAUAGAGAAGUACAGAAGAAGCAGGCCCCUUCUUCAAUCCUCCUCCCGCUUCUUCACACCCAAUAGCAACUGCAAAAUCACCCUACUUUACACCCAGAAAAGAUCAAAGAUAACUCCAAUUCCUUAUAACCCUUUAUUGUGUAGUCUUUACGGAGCUUCGAUUGAUGGAUAAUAUAGCCGUUUACGCUUCUUCUCAAAAGCUAGUACUAGGUUCUACUGCAAACCCUCGAACUAAUGGUGUAAUAUCCAAUAAACCCUUGUUUUGCUCGUUCAAAAUCCCAAAGAGAAGCGGCCUGCUCUCCAAAUCCAAAACUUCAAUCGCCGCCGUGUCUCAGCCGCAGGGCUCAACCCCACUAACAACUAAUAAAUCUAAUGAACUAGAGAGGCUUGGGAAAGAUUGCUUUGCUAGAAUUUCUUCUUCAAGCAAUCAACACACUUCUUCAGUUGGUGCAACCCCACAAAUUGCAGUGCCACCCCCAUCUUCUCAAGUAGGUUCUCCCCUCUUUUGGGUAGGAGUUGGUGUUGCUUUCUCAGCAGUUUUUUCAUGGGCCGCAUCGUACUUAAAGAAAUAUGCCAUGCAACAAGCUUUCAAGACCAUGAUGGGACAAAUGGACACACAAAAUAACCAAUUUGCCAAUUCCGGCUUUUCUCCGGCAUCCCCGUUUCCAUUCCCGACUCCACCAAUGUCAGGGUCAACCGCCUCUUCACCGGGAUCACCUUUUCCGUUUCCGACACCAUCAGCCGCCUCAUCUGGACCUGCUUCCCAGCGAACAGUGACAGUAGAUAUGCCUCCUACUAAAACAGAGGCACCACCUGCAGCCACAAACUCCAUAGAUGAACUUGAAGCACCAAAGGAGCCAAAGAAAUCCGCUUUUGUUGAUGUGUCGCCUGAGGAAACAUUGAAAGCGAACCCGUUUGAAAACUUCAAAGAAUCUAAAGAGACUGAAUCCCCGAAAGAUUCUCAGUCUGCAACCCAAGGUUCCCAAAAUGGAUCUGCUUCCAACCCGAUGAAUAAUCCGUUUUCUGGAGCUUCGUCUACUGGUACAACAGGUCCUGUUAUGUCUGUUGAAGCUUUGGAGAAGAUGAUGGAGGAUCCAACUGUACAAAAAAUGGUCUACCCUUAUCUUCCAGAAGAAAUGAGGAACCCUACCUCCUUCAAAUGGAUGCUUCAGAACCCACAAUAUCGUCAACAACUGCAGGAUAUGUUGAAUAGCAUGGGGGGAAGUCCUGAAUGGGACAACCGUAUGAUGGACUCAUUGAAAAAUUUUGAUAUUAGUAGUCCCGAAGUCAAGGAGCAAUUUGAUCAAAUUGGGCUUACACCUGAAGAAGUUAUUUCCAAAAUCAUGGCCAAUCCUGAGGUAGCCAUGGCGUUUCAAAACCCAAGAGUUCAAGCAGCAAUCAUGGAUUGUUCUCAAAACCCUAUGAGCAUUAUCAAGUACCAAAAUGACAAGGAGGUUAUGGAUGUGUUCAAUAAGAUAUCAGAGCUGUUUCCAGGGGUGACUGGUGCACCCUGAUGAUGAUGAUCAAUCAUAUUUUGAGUUAUUUACUACAGAAGUUAAGUCUGUUUUUGGGAGUGAGUGAAUUUAGAGCUACAGAAGCAAGCUAAUUAAUUAUCUGUUGCAAUCCGUUAGCUAUAGUUGAGUGAGUGCAUGAGUUAGGACUGGUGGCUGUAACAGCAAGGAGACCACAAUUCAGUAACUGUAUGAUUUGAGUCCAGACUCUUUUGAGUUUACUAAAUCUGGUGUCUUUAAGUCUUAA